CUUUGAAUCAGUUGACUAAUUGUGAAGCUGCCCAGUUCUGGGUGGGGUUUGGCUUGCUUGUAUAUGAUUUGCAGCCCAAGAUAGGACGGAGAUCUGGUCAGCUCCUUUUGGCGGAGCCGCCGGCCAAUUGCGCGCAGGAAUCAUUGACCAAGUCAAACCACCAUCUUCUUCAUAGAACUCGACCUCCGCUACUUCUUCUACUAUGUCUUAUCUACCUACCAUCUUCUUAUUUAUCUCGUGUUUUCAGAUAUACUCUGGCUGCUUUAAGCUGUUCAAUUUCACAAAAUGAACCUAACGAAUAUACGCAUCUUCAUAUUCGUAUCAUUAAACCUUUGUGUAUUUAGCUUUGUCCUAGAAAAGUCUUUUGCUGUAGAUCAGCAAUAUGAAGCAUGCGAGCCAAAAAGAUGCCCACAUGGUCAAAACAUAAGCUACCCCUUUUACCUUCAAGGCCAGCAGGAACCCUAUUGUGGUGUCCCUGACUUCAAUAUCAGUUGUAAUGGCCAGGGGUAUCCAAUUCUCCUCUUAUCUGAAAAUGAUUAUGUUGUUCAAAACAUUUCGUACGAAAACAAUACCUUUCGUGUUUAUAAUGCUGCUGCUAAUCAAGGGUUAGUGGGAAGCUGUCUUCCCGAUAUUAGGAAUUGGACAACUACUGGAAAUGAAAUUUUUGCAGAGUUGAGCCUGAGUAAUUCUACACGAGCAAUCAAUUUAUUCUCGAAUUGCAGUAGACCAUGGUUAGAGCCUCUUAAGGGGUACAAGCCGGUGGGUUGUGAUGAAGGAGGGAAAGGAAACACAUCGAGCUUGGUAUUGUUUCAUGAUAACGAGAACUUGGGCUCUGCUUUGGAGCACUGCACAGAGAAUGUGGUGGCACAAGUAGAGAGAGGGGAAGAUGAGAGAAGCAAUGAUGUGGUCAAAUAUGAUAUGUUAUUGAGAAGGGGAUUUGAGCUGCAGUGGAGAGUAAGCAGUUGCAGUGAAUGUAAAAGGAGUGGAGGGCGUUGUGGGUUUAAUUCUACCACUCAGAUGUUUAAGUGUUUCUGUCCCGAUAGACCUCAUUCCAGUGCUUGCAAACCUCAAAUGGGAAAAAGUAAAACGGAGGUUAUUAUAAUUGCAGUUUUAGGAGCUGUUAUAUUGAUCCUCACUUUGAGCUUGGUGGUGUUUGUUCUUCGGAGUCAGAAGAAGGGAUGUUGUUGGGGUUCUUCACAAUUCUUUCCAGAUAACACAACCUCUGAUGAUCUCUCCUUGAAACAAGACCUUGAACAUGAUAGUAAAUACUUUGGGAUUCACGUCUUCUCUUACUCUGAGCUUGAAGAAGCUACAAACAGUUUUGAUUCUUCCAAAGAACUUGGAGAUGGAGGGUUUGGGACUGUUUAUUAUGGCAAACUUCGGGAUGGAAGGGAAGUCGCAGUGAAGCGUUUCUAUGAGCACAACAACAAGAGAAUGGAGCAGUUUAGAAAUGAGAUUGAGAUUUUGACCUGCCUUAGACACCCUAAUCUUGUAACCCUUUAUGGCUGCACAUCAAGACUCAGCCGUGAACUCCUCGUUUAUGAAUACAUCCCUAAUGGAACAGUUGCUGAUCACCUCCACGGAGAGAGAGUAAAAGAUGGAUCACUCACUUGGCCCAUUCGCAUGAGUAUUGCGGUGGAAGCAGCUGGUGCACUGGCUUACCUCCACGCUUCUGGCAUAAUACACCGAGAUGUGAAGACUUCAAACAUUCUUCUCGAUGAAAACUUUUGUGUCAAAGUUGCUGAUUUUGGGCUCUCAAGACAUUGUCCCAAUGAUGUUUCACAUGUCUCCACUGCACCUCAAGGAACACCUGGGUAUGUCGACCCUGAGUACCAUGAGUUUUACCAACUUACUGAUAAAAGCGAUGUUUACAGUUUCGGAGUUGUUCUUAUUGAGCUCAUAUCAUCGAUGCCUGCUGUGGAUAUAAGUCGGCAUAGGCAUGAGAUUAACUUGUCAAACUUAGCCAUGAACAGGAUAAUUCGGCAUGCAUUUAAUGAGUUGAUUGAUCCAUUUCUGAGGUUUGAGACAGAUGCUGAAAUUUUGAGGAUGACUACUUCUGUGGCAGAGCUUGCUUUUCGAUGUUUGCAACCUGAGAAGGAUAUGCGGCCUACCAUGGGUGAUAUUCUGUUAACGUUGAAGGAAAUCCAAGGUAUUGAGUUGAAAAAUAAGUUGGAACUAGAGACCAGUAAUAAUGAUAAUAAUGAUAAUAAUAAUAAUAAUAAUAAUAAUAAUAAUAAUACAUCAAGUAUUACGAAAGUCCCUUCUUCACAUGAACCAGAGGAUGUUGUUUUGCUGCAGAGGUUAAAAUGGCCAGUUUCCCCUAUUUCCGUGACUGCUAAUUGGAUUAGUAGCUCUACUAUAAAUAGUAACAGCGAGUGAUUCUUUUUCACCUGGCUUGUAUGAUCAAGCUGAUGGCACGUAUAUGCCGACAAAUCACUCGCUCACUCACUUUGUACUUUAAAAAGCGGGUCAGGUAAUUUUGUGCCUCAUUUGUAGUAUGUAUUGUUGCUUUACACAGGUUAUGUAGAAUUGAAUUCAAGAAUGAUUGUAUAGAGUUACAAAAUACAAAUGUCUAUGUAUAGGGAGGGCUAGUAAGAGGUCCUAACCCUAAUAAAUCCCACAAGGUAAGUCAAUCAUACAAGACUGGACUAAAUACAAACAAUACAAUAAUGGUUUAAAGGUUGUUUAUUGGUUGUAGACAUGAAAUGUAGAGACAAAGCAGCCUGUUUUUAUCGCCGCUAUUCUAAAUUCAG